GCCAGUCCUCCGCCAUAUUGACUGUUGUCUUGACUGGAGGAGAUAGAGAACAUUUUGAGGUCCGAGAAGAAACGAAAGUGUGCUCUUGAAUUCGUCGAAACUGGUGCAAACUUGGCUAAAGCGUGUUAUAAAAAGCGUCGCGAUGGCAAGGAAGAAAAGCAAGCAACAAGGGGUGGCCCAGAAGGAGCUAAGUCCUGGACAGCAGAGCGUACCGAAGAGCCCAGUCUCUCCCGGCGAUGCAGCUGGCGGUGGCGGCGGAGAUGCUGGGCUGGAUAGGCUGGCCACUACCAGGGCGAACCAGGUAGGUUAGCUAACAGCAAGCCAAUCGCUGCUUUUAAAACUGGCUAGCUAGCCUCUGAGCUAGCACCACUCUGCUAAUCCAAGCAUCCUCUAUUGUGCUUUUAUUUUCUGUAGGUAACUCCUGCAGAAGUGAAGUUAAAAGCACCCACCAGCUUAGUGAAAGCUAUUUUAGUUCUAAUGUAGUAUUUGUUGAUAUAUGCCUCUCACGUCGUUAGCCAUGGAAUUAAAUAAAUAAUACGCUCAACUUAGCGAGGUGAGCAGGCGGCUUUCAGGCUGUGGGGUUAGCAUUGCAGCCCAUCUUUCUCCAGCCGGACAGGUGACAUUGUGCCUCGGACAGGUCGUCUCAUUUCCAGCCUUUACAGCUCUUUAUACGCCCAGCUAGCCUUAGCCUGGUGGCUAGCCGGGCUAUCAUCACCAAGCUAGUGUGCUGCAAGCGUGCUGCUCUCUGCCUGAUCACAUCCACAGGAACCCCCUCAGUUAGCAGAGGCUAACCAGCUACCUGCUAAUUAGCUGGUUAGCAGAGACAGAUGUACGGGAGCAUAAACAGACAACCUACCUCUCAGGCAUGGCUCGAGUUGUUAAUACGACUUUAUAAACUUGCUUUUGUUUAUUUGCUGCAGCACACACUCUGAUCAGAGUGUGACAGGUGCCAAUUUCAAAAGUUUUGAUGCGUGUAGUUAUCAGCCAAUGAUGCCGAGCUACAUCAGAGACAGUAAUGUAAGCUAUUUCAGUGAAAUGGACAUUUUUCCUGUACGAAUACUGUCCCCAUUUAACCCGCAAACCUGAAAUCUAACUAAUAUUGCUGCUCCUUGUGUUGGGUGAUAACAUGUAUUUGAUAUCUCGCGCCUCAGAGCUCAUCAAAUCAGACAUCAAGCAUUUCUUUCUUGGGAAAGUACCGAGCUGUGCUUGGAUGAUAAAGGGUCAGUUUGUUUCAGAUCAUAAAUAUUUAUUCUAUAGUAAUCUAAAAACAAAUUUACUGGGAAAAAGCUAUCAUCAAUGUUUAUUGCCAGUUUUCCUGCAAUCCAAGGUGAACUGAUUACAGUCCUACUGCACUAAAACACACACCGACCAGCCAUAACAUUAUGAACACCUGGGUAAAUAUGCAUCAGUUCUACAAUAAAUUCUACUUUAAGGAAGUUUCUGCAUUUUCAGUUCUUGUUGACAUGGUCAUAGGGCUGUCCCGAUAUGAUAUUGAUAUCGGAUAUCGGUUCGAUAUCAACAAAAAAACAAAUAUCGGAUUAUAUCGGCCUGCAUCUAAAAUCUCAGAUAUAGGCACUCCGAUACAAGCAGUCCAUUCUAGACUCCGUUCCAGCAUUUGGAGCCCACGUAAUCACGACAACAGUGUGUACAUAGGUACUAACAAAAUAGCAAGGAGUAGGAGUGAUGUCAGCCAGUUUUCAGUUUUUCGUUGAAGUCGCAAAAAAGACAUUGCAGCUGAGUGCAAAACUUUUCAUGCACAAUUUUGUGCCAAUAUCGGAUCAACAUUGGCAGGGUUUUUCCUGGCUCAAAUUGAGGCAGAGGUGGCACCAUCCUGACCAUGCGCCACGACGUGCAUGUAUUUGUAAAUUCAACCGAUUCACUUUCUUUUACAGGCAACAUACUUUAAGUUAAGAGUUCAAAAAAAAGAGUGUGACCAUUAUCAUGUUAAAGCAUUCAUUUAUUAAAACUAUAUACAUACACAAAUCAGCUGGCAACUUUAAAUUGAAAGUACACUUCAUCCACACAUCUCGCAACCAUACAGAACAUUUCAGCCUCCUCUUUUUCAUUCUGUAGAACCUCGUCAUGCCCUCCUUGUAGUCCAAGGCCUCCUGGUCUGGUCCAUCAACGGCCACCUUACAACAGACAUCCAAGUGCCUCUCCUUCAGUCUGUUCCACAGAUGUGUCUUCACCUUAAACAAAACAAUUCAUCAUGCAUUAAGUAUUUUUGUUUUUAUUCUGAUACAGACAUGAAGAGUGAUAGUGUUUUCAAUCAUAUAUAUGUAUACGCUGCAGUGUCCUCCCUAAAAAAAACGACAACCAAUUAUUUCUUAAACUGUCUAAACUAUGUUAUUUAUUUUUUGUAACUUUAUUAGUUGAGUUUUUUUAGGUACUACCAUCUUUAAUAUAUUUCUCCUUCUCUUCUGCUGCUUUGUGAAUGGCUGUCACCUCAUGUCUUUUUAAUGUGUCCAGCCUGUAGUUGGUUGAUGGCUGUCUCGCUAAGGAGGCAGCAAUUGCCUGCUGUGUUGGGACACAGUGCUUUUGGCAUAAAUAACAGUGCAUGCCUUCCUCAGUAUGCCUGAGCCAGGUAAAUUGAUUGAGCCAUUGCUUGUCAAAGCCACUGGCUCUGUGUUUUUGAGAAGAUCUGGAAAGACGAAUAAAAACCACGUACACGUCGGCUUUGCGUUGUUAUGCUCCUAAUUGGAAACUAAUUAAUUAAUUACCCUCGCCUCGCCGACUCGUCCUGUCCUGCAUUCUGACCCUCGCGAUCACCAGUCCCUUGUGAACUACUUUCAGACCUGACACAAAUUUCCACGUUGUCACCAACAUGAAUUAUAGCAUUUUAACUGCCUGUUACGUUUUUUCUCUGCUGUGUUUCACCUGGACUCUUGACUUUCCUCCUCGCGAGGUCGCUUUUUAAAGUACUGGCUGAUUUUGCCUGUCAUAUCUGCAACGCUAAAAACGGAGGAAACUUUUUUUUUUUUUAAAUAAACACGACAUGCUUGGAUGCAAAAAAGAGAAGCAGUAUUUACCUGUUUGUACCAUCCGCCAGCGAAAAUCAGGACGCCGACAGCACCAACUAGCGGGAAAAAAAACUUGAAAAAACAUGAUUCGAUCCGUUUCUUCUUCGGUAGAUGCUUCAGGUCUUUCCGGUGCACUGCUGUUGAUAUAGCGCCUCUAUAGUGGCGCAACGCUGCAACUGCAGUUAAAAUACGUUGCUGCUGCAUCGGGACAUCAAUCGCUCAAUCAACACAGCUGGAGCUUUACGCUGUGUUGAGCGGAAUCAAUCGCUCUGGCUGGGGGCGGCACAAAAUUAGGUGGAGGCGGCCGCCACGCAAUUUUGAACGCAGGAAAAACCCUGACAUUGGUAUUGGCCGAUACUGAAGGCUACAAUAUUGGUAUCGGAUUGGAAGUAAAAAAGUUGUAUCGGGACACCCCUACAUUGGGUGCAUAAUAUUGAAAGUUGUUUGUAAUAUUUUGUUAAAAUGGACAAAAUAUGAGGAACACUAUUAAUAUAGCACACUCCAAUGCACAUGCACACAUGAAUAACUGUUAAUUAUAGAAAUCACCUCUUUAAUAACUACACAUUCUGUUGCCAUGAUCAGAUAUUGCUGAUAAUUUUGAGUUACCUAUCCCAUUUGAUUUAUUUCCAGAGUUUGACCCAAUCCAGGGUCACAUUUAUUAUGUUAUCAUCCUAUUACUCAAUUUCUGCAUCUUCUCUUUUUCUUCCUAGCCUAUGCACACCUGCUGCCUUCUAUGUCACCGUGAGUUUAAGGACUGGGGAGCAGGCUCUGUGAACGGACUCCCCGGGGGCCAUGGGACCAAGCUGGCUGAUGCCGUGCCUGCGCUCUCCCAGGCCUUAUUGCGGGAGGCGCCAGGGCGUAAGCUGGCUGAUGCCGUGCCCUCGCUGUCACAGUCUCUGUUGGGAGAGGUGCCUCUAUGGAUCUGUCAAAGCUGCUGCAAGAGUGUGGAAGAGGAGGAGAGGCGGAGCACCCUGGAGCAGCCGACGCCGGUAAAUAAAAAAGGAUUGAUUUGGGUCAUAUGUCUGGAUCCUUUUCACGAUGUCUUUCAGUACUUUAUAGUUAAAUGAAGUAUGUUUUGUUGACUGUUGUAAUCUCAUCUGCAUUCGCCAAACAGAGCACUGCAUUUGCAUGUGCGUACAAGCUCAGUCAAUGACACACUGAAUUUAAUGUUUGGUAAAGUUAAACAUGAAUUCUGCUUUUGUGGGCUCUAAAUUAGAAUAUUUGGUAUUUGUCUCUCUGUGGCAGUCAUAAAUUAGAGGCAGCUUAUUAGCUAUCUGUCCUGAGGUGUUUUUACAAAUAAACUUUACAUAACACAAUGCAAAUUUUGAAGACCUAAUCAUCAUAUUGAAGCUUGAGUGUUGAUGUUUUGUUGAUACUUUUCUCAAACUUGCAAAUGCAAAAAGAGAGAGAAAAAAACACAAACACACCACAGGAGGAGAUUGCCGAACAAUCACUCAGUGUUUCCUUUUUUAACAUUUUAAAUUUAUAUUUUUAGUUGUUUUUUUUUUGGUGUUAUUUUCCACUCUUAGUGUGUUCCAAGCCAGUGUUGGUAGUUUUUGUUGUUUCUUGUGCCCCACGAAAGCCUAUGUAUACAGCCCUGUCAUUAAGCAGUUGGGAUUUUCUCUUUUUUUUAUACAGGUACCAUUGUCACACUCUUCCUCCUGUAAGUCACAGAGCUGUGGGAACGGUUACCCCGAGCAAAGUACUGUGGAUUGGGACCCGAGUUCCUUCCUGUCAGCCCACAAACUGUCGGGUCUCUGGAACUCUGCCCACACCAACGGAGGGGAGCACUGCAAUCACAACACUUCUUCACACUCACAACAAGGUCUGUCAGGUCAGAGUAAAAGACAGCUGUGGAGAAUGUUUGAUGGUACCAACAAUCACCACAGAAAACCCAAAACACCUCAAUCUCAGUCUGUAAUGUAAUGUGCAGUUUUGAAAAAAAGAUCUAAAUCUACUGUAGAAUUAGAUGUGUGAGUGACUUGUCGGUGUUAUUUGCAAAACAUGUUUGACACAUUUUCGGAAACUUUGUCCACAUGCUACAGAGCUGGUGAAGAUCAGAAGAACAUAGAAGUUGUCGCAGAAGCUCACAGGCUCUGCUUACAUAGGUUCAGUUCAGCUUCACUAUAGGUUGAAAAAUGUUACAAGACAAUCCUGUCAUCAAAACAACCCAGUGUGCUCAGAUAGUGGAGGUAAAACCCAGUGAAGAAGAUUGAACAUACUCCAGACCUGACCUAAUCCAGCUGGCUCAAACAGUGCAGGAUUUACUGCAGCAAAGGAGUCAAUGAGAACUUGACAGUAAAGAAUUGAUAAUUGUCAGCCUGAUCCUCAUGCAUUAUUCUUGCAAAAACUGUUCACUAUCCAUCAUACCUGUAAUAGUAUAAUCUUUACAGUUACUAAAGCUUUAGACCAGUAAUUGUUUAUUUACACUCUUUAUUCUGGGAUUAGUACUUGCAGGUUUUCAUCUUAACAAGACUAUCAACACCACUUCUUCCACCAAAUUAGAGAAAAUUAUCAUCUCAUAUUAUUUGUCUUAAAAAAUAGUGUUUAUGUGAGAACUACCCCGAUAUGUUAUGGUCCAUGUACAUAACUUAACCAUGCAACAAGAUAACAACAAUAUUUGAACAAACUGAGAAGUUCAGCAUUUAAGCUAUCCAGAAAAAACAAAAUCACAUUUUAAAAUAUUGCCAGAAUCACCCAAGAUAAUGUAACUUGAUGUGAGUAAGGGAUUUUUUACAACCUCCUCCUCGAUGUUUGAAUUUAAAAUCUAAAAAUCUAGAUUAUUUAGUUUGUUGGUCUGUGUCUGAGUAAGGAUUGUUGUUUGUGAGAGGGGAAGAACAGCAUUUCAAUCAGCUGCGAUCUCUGCUUUUGUCUGUUUUCUUCCUGUUUCUUGUUGCUCAUCAAACCAACCUGUUAAGGUUACCUGAUGAGUAACUGUGCCAGUAUUUCUAGUUGAACAAAUUCUGUGAAUGGAUCAUUGUGCAAAAUUGCAUCUUAACUUGGGUGUGCAAAAGCAGUCAUAAAUCAUAGCAUCUCAAGUGAGUGUUUUUUUUUUUUAAGUAGUGCUGUUUUUUGCUUGUAGACCACUGGGUGCCUUAGCUGUACUUAUUAUUCAACAAUAUUUGUCAACCUCAGACCGAGCAGAACUGAGCUACUCAACAAAAUUGUUUUCAAAUUACUACAAAUCUGAGUUGAUAUUACAGUUCACUACUUCUACUGGAAAGAAGAGAUUAAUGUUUGAUGGAGACAGAGAGUCCUUUUUGAAAAUGACUUUGUUAAAUAAUUCAGAUGUUGUAGUUCUACUCUCUCUCCUUUUAUUUUUGGUUACUAACAAAGGUUUUAUUCAUUUAAGUCAAAGGUGCAUGCUAGAUUUUUCUCACAUUCCACUCGUGAACAUCAUCAGCACUGAAAAAAUCAACACCCCUCUAUAAGGCAGGGAGUUAAACUUAUUUAUACUUAUUUGUGUUUUAGAACUAGGAAGCUAUUCUGUCAAAGGCAUUAACAAAAAAAACCUCAAAAUCUCAAAAAAGACAUUUUGGACAGUUGGUGAUAUGGAUACGUAUCUGUCACUCUAAAUGUUAUUCAAAUCACUGACACCUCCCGACUAGACAUUUUAACACACAAUACUAACAAAAACAGAAAUCAGCACUUGGCUCGAGAAUAUAGCUCACUGUUUUUUUUUGUAACACGUUUCAGAUUUAUUUGAAACAUAUUGUCCAUCCACAGGUCUAGCAGCAGGGUCAACCUGUCACGAGAAAAGAGGACUCCAUGAAGCGCCUGGAAAAUCUGCUAAAACGUCAGCACCCAAAGUCUGUCCCUACAGUCACCCGUCAUCCCAGAACUCCAGCGGAUCUUCUGUCGGGAACCCCCUGUCUACCUCAGCAGACCUUUGUAAGACCACUCCCAAGCACUUCAAAACCAUGUGCCGCCGACCAACUCCACCAGGUAACAUUUCUGUCAACUCUCAGGGUAGCCUCGGUUUCACCCUGCUGAAAUUUGUCUAAAGUUUUACGACCUUCAAUGAGCACUAAUAAUUAUACUGUCACAACACUGUAAAUAUACUGCCUGACAUUCUGUGUGAUCAUAAUGUUGGAUUCCUUCAACUUUUGCCAUAAUAUGUGCACAAAAUAAUAUGCAUAAUGUAAAAAGUGUUUUAUCUUUAUCUUAAUCUUAUGAAUACCAAAACAAAGCCCUUUCUGAAAUGGAAAAAAAAAAAUAAAAUUAAUUUUAUUACAGUUACUCUUCCAAAGCUUAAACAAUUUGCAAGACACCAUUUGCAUUAUAACAAGGGCUUGACUUUGAAGGGAUUUUUUGAUUUAUAGAAAAGUGAGAAAACUAGUCGAUGACAAUUUCAAUUUACCCGCUGGUUUUGAGUAGUUCAUUUUGUAUAUUACUCCGAAAUUAUACCUUUCUUAUAUGCUCAAAGAGGAACCUCGUGAAAUGAACAAAUGUACUGUUUUCAAAAUUGCAGGUGAAGCCUUCCAUCCGAGUGACCACCAUCAACACACAGACUUGUCGGUACCCCCCAACAGUCCCACUGGACUGUCAUCCCAGCAUUCCUCACUCCUGCCCCCAAAGCCAAGCUCGGGGCAGCACGGCCACUUAACCUCCUCGGCUGGCCCAGGUGUGGCAGCUCAUGCUCCCUUCUCCCCUCUGGUACCAAACCUCCACGGCCCCACAGCUAAACUCGGUGCACCCUGUCCAGACAGCCCCACAUCUGUCCACAAACCAAGCCCUUGCAAAAACUCCCACAUUCCUGCUGUAAACACACAACACAGCAAACUGGGCAGCUCCAUCAUGGGCUGUAACCACCCGUGUAACGGACACAGUGCGGGAACAGUGGCCUCUUCAAAUGUAGGCCAUCUGACAGCUGGGGCCUGCAGGUUAGUAUUACUACUGUAUCUCAACAUGCUUGUUAUACAGCAUGAGCAACAAAGAAACUGCCUCUGUAGCUGUGUUUAUUCUCAAUAUGAGCUCCUAUUGAGGGUCUGUGUUGAUACUUUUUUAGGGACCAGGCAUGUAAAGGGCACAAAAUGACAAAUGGGACGUUGUGUCACCCUUCAUCUGAGCUGGAGGAGGGGGAGGAUGAAGACAGCAGCUCUGAGAGGAGCUCCUGUGCCUCCUCUUCCACAAACCAGAAAGACGGGAAGUACUGCGACUGCUGCUACUGCGAGUUCUUUGGACACAAUGCGGUACUUUAAGACUUUUUUUAACAAGCUGUUUUCAAAAUGCGUUAACAUACAAUGUCAAUGCCAACCACUGAGAAACGUUAGAAUUUAUGAAAAGAUAUCUGAAUGAUUGUUGGUUACAGCCUCCAGCUGCACCAACGAGCCGGAACUACGCAGAGAUCCGAGAGAAGCUUCGCUCACGUCUGACUCGGCGUAAGGAGGAGCUGCCCCAGCGACAGGAUUCAGACCCGACAGUGACCGGAGCCAUCGACAACCGAGAUGUGGACGAGCUUCUAGACUUCAUAAACAGUUCUGAGCCCAAACCUGUCAACAGUGCCAAGGCUGCUAAACGGGCACGACACAAACAAAAGAAGAAGGUGCGGCAACUUUGGAAUUCUUUCAUUUUUUUCCCGUGUUUUCAUUUGAAUUGCACUUGCGUUUGCACCAUUUGUUCAAAUUGUUAAGCUUGUUACCAUUUCUGUUCCAGGAAAAAGCUCAGCAGGGCAAUAUGGGUGCUGCAGGCAGUGACCCCCACUCCAAUCCAUCUGAGCCCAUAGACGAGUCCCUCCCUGACGGUUCAGAAGCCAGUCGAUUGCUGGACUGGCCACAGCUGGAGCUUGAACGCGUCAACAGUUUCCUCACCAGUCGACUCGAAGAGAUUAAGAAUACCAUCAAAGACUCAAUCCGGGCCUCAUUUAGUAUGUACGACCUCAAUCUGGACGUCAAUGACUUCCCAAAGAAAGCAGCCACGCUGGAGAGCAACCAUUUACUGUCGCAUCUCAACGGUUCCUCUGACCUGCAGCAGAUAGACCUGGACCUGGCUCCUCUUUCACUGGGGACCUUUAAGAGCCAUCUGGACCUGGUCAAUGGAUGGGAUGACACAACCCCUGUUUCGUCCUCUAACACCACCACCCACACACCGUCAGGGGUCACUGCUGUGUCCAAGGACAUCCAGCGGUUGCACACCACCCCCAGCCUCUCGAAGCUCAUAAGAGUUCGAUCCCCAGAAAGAUGCACUUCAACUGGAUCUGAGAGUUCUCCGCAGGUGCCAGCCCAGGCUACAGCUAAAUCGAAGGAGGAUGUCCCCGAUCCCAAGAAUGCAGUUAUUGGGAAUGGUGGUGCAAAGUCAAAGAAGAACAAAAAGCAGCAGCAGCAACAGCAGCAAAGGCCAGAGCAAUCUGUGUCAGAGCAAAACUCCAACAAACCAACCAAAGCUGCCUCUGGGAAUGAAACACAGAAAACCAAUGAGUCUAAAGAAACGGCUGCUAACGGUUCUAAAGCUGGAAACAAACAGCUUCAGCACUCUGCAGACAGCCAGAAAAAUGGGCCUAAGAAACCUGAGGAGAGUAGAUUGACCAAACAUCCAGCAAGCCGAGCAAAUGGUAGCCUCCCAAACGCACAAAAAGGAAAAGGUGACACAGAAACACGAGGUUGUCGGUCUGAGCAAGAUUCAGAAAACAAAGCCAACCCUACUAUCACAGCGAACGGGCAACAACAGCAGCAGCAAACCAAGGGAAAGAAUAAGAAGAACAAGAACAAAGGGGAAAAACCCAGCAGUACUAUCGGUAAUAAAACAGUUUUACACUGAAAACAUGUUCUUGUUAUCAUUUAUUCAUUAUUUUUAAACUAAUCCAAAGGCUUUUUGUCAUUCCGCAGAUGAUGUUUUUCUCCCGAAAGAUGUUGAUCCUACAGAAAUGGAUGAGAUUGACCGGGAAGUGGAAUACUUUAAAAGGUAGGCUCGAUACGCAGAAGCUGUGAAAUGGAAUAUUUCUCAAAAAUUUGAAACCAACCUGUCAUAUUGAUUCAUGUUAACACCAUCACUUUCUUUCUCCUCCUCGUCUCUUCCCGCUGUUUUGUCUCUGUUUACGUUCCCUCCAGGUUCUGUCUUGACUCUGCAAAACAAACUCGCCAGAAGGUAGCAGUGAAUUGGUCCAACUUCAGCCUCAAAAAGGUUCCUUCCAAUGCAGCUCAAUAACUUGGAUGAGUGCCACAGAAAAUAAAAAAAAACUACCAACACAAACUCUUUCAUUAGAGCUCUACUUGGCCUGAGGCCUUCUCUCAUUCCCUGUUUUCUUCACUUCCUUACUAAGCCAAGGGACCCUGGUUCAAAUCCAUACUCUCCAUUCACAAGACUGAUACAUAACUUGUGGCUGACAGGCCAGGGAUCAUUCUCAAGGCCAACUCUACCCUUUGCUAUUAUUGCAAUGUUCACUAAAUGAGAUGCAAAAAUGGAAAAAAAGUCUGUUCAAUCCACUGCAUCCAUGUGCUUAUGUAGUAUGUAAACAAUUACCUUAAAUGAAAUAAAUGUUUUUAUCACAAAUCUGGGACAUUUUAACGUUGUUAAACUUUGAAUUCCAAUCAGUUCAAUUUGGUGCUCCUUAUACAACAGAUAUUAUACAUUGUUAGCUUUCCCUCGACAAUACUGGUCUCAGUCGACACAAGAGACGAUCGAUCUGACAUGUUUUAACAGGACAGCAUUUUAGCCUAUUAAAUACAAAAAAAAUUCUGCAGGUUACCAUAGUGACAGUAAUUGCAUUCAUUUCAUUCAGAAGUGAACUACUGUGUAUUUGUUGUUUCUUAGCGGUCAAACAUUUUUACUGUGAUCUUAAAUGGUUUGCAGCCAGUUCUAUAAAACCAAAAGGACAAAUACUUAUACACACUGCCACACUGAUUACACAAAUUAAGAGUUAACAAAACAUCAACUUAGUUUUUAGUACAGCACAGCACUUGAAGAACAUGUCUGUGAUUGUCUGAUGGAUUAAAACUCUUGGCUCAUAGGGUGUAUUUGAAAAUACAUAAAAUAUCCUUGCAAACAAGACCCAAGCAUGCCGAGCAAAGAACUCUUGUUUCCCAGUGCUUUCUGGUUAAGAGUGAAAUGUCAGUUGCUUCAUCAUCAAUCCUUUGAGUUAAUUUGGAACAGUUUCCUUCUUUGAAGUGAUACCCAGUAUGCACUCUGCAGUCUAAAGAAGAUUCUUCACCACAGCUUUCACUCAAUCUGUUCUUCUAACCCCUUUAUCCCAGCAGUGACAGGUACACCAGUGUGCGGAGUAAAAUGUCAUCACUGGAACCAUCCCACAUUUACAAAAGUUAUUUUCAAUGCUUGUACAUAGUGAGUGGUUAUUUUGGGCCCUUUUGAGCCUGCCUAUUUGUUUCUGGGGGGUUUGUGUGUAAGAGAGAGAUACAUUUUCAACCAUACUACUCUUUUCCCUGUACUGUGACCUUGGUGGCAUCUUGUGCUUCAGCUAGCCUAGCUAAAGUCUGACUAUAAUCCAUUGAUAGGAAUUACAACUGAAGGGUUGAUACCUUCAGGACAAGAGCCCAUUUCACAUCAGUACUCAUGUUUUAGUUCAUGGCUUUCAUAGAGAUGGAUCAUGUCUUUCUUGAAUCUGUGCUUAAAACUUUGUUUUCAUAUAACAUCUCUGAUGCUUUCCAGGUUAUAUCCACUUAGAGAGGAUUAUCUUAUUGUGUCGAAUGUAGAUUUAUACUAUAUCAAUAAUAGCCAAGUGUAUGUUGGCUUGUUUCUUUUUUUAAAUUCACUUUUGAUACUGUGAAAAAUCUUUCGUUCAGAAAGAUUAAAAACAAUACAGUUUUGACAAAAAUAAA